AUGGGCCUCAUAUACGCUUCCGCUCAAAUCACGCUUGUUGGAGCCGCAGGCGAAGAUUGCACGUACGGUUCACCCGGUGUAGGACGAGAACGCAACUUCACUGAAAUAUCCACGAAACUUGGCUCUACUAUUUGGACACUUGAGUUGGUCUCAGCCGCUUCUCGUAUCAGACGCUCCAAAUGGUCUACUCGUGCAUGGACCCUGCAAGAAGGUUAUCUCACUGGAAGAGGCUUAUGUUUCACUGAUUACGAGAUUUUGUUCGUUUGUAAGAAGUCUGCAGAAUAG